AAGCCCCACAGCACUGGCAGCUCCGAACGGAUUCAGCUCUCAGGAAUGUACAAUGUUCGAAAAGGGAAAAUACAUUUGCCAGUCAACAGAUGGACAAGACGCCAAGCUAUCCUUUGUGGAACAUGCCUAAUUGUCUCAUCAGUAAAAGAAAGCCAGACUGGAAAGAUGCAUGUCCUCCCUUUAAUUGGUGGAAAAGUGGAAGAAGUGAAAAAGCACCAGCACUGUUUAGCAUUUAGCUCCUCUGGACCUCAAAGCCAGACCUACUACAUUUGUUUUGAUAACUUCACUGAAUAUCUGCGAUGGCUGCGACAAGCAUCAAAGGUUGCAUCACAACGCAUCAGCUCAGUGGAUCUUUCAUGCUGCAGCCUGGAGCACCUGCCUGCCAACCUGUUUUAUAGCCAAGACCUCACUCAUCUCAAUUUAAAGCAGAACUUCCUGAGGCUAAACCCCAGCCCAUCUACAAGUAGAGCGCUUAGUGAAUUACAAAGAUUCACCAAAUUGAAGAGCCUUAACCUUUCGAAUAAUAAUUUAGGGGACUUCCCACUGGCAGUCUGCAGUAUCCCAACCCUGACUGAACUCAACGUGUCCUGCAAUGCCCUCAGAAGCAUUCCAGCAGUUGUAGGCGAAAUGCACAACUUGCAGACAUUUUUGCUGGAUGGGAACUUCCUCCAGUCCCUUCCUGAUGAAUUGGAGCAUAUGCAUCAACUCAGCUAUGUGAGUCUGUCCUUCAAUGAGUUCACUGACAUUCCUGGAGUGCUAGAGAAGCUGACUGCCAUGGAUAAGCUCUGUAUGUCAGGAAACUGCAUGGAUACCCUGAACCUACAGGUGUUAAAAAGGAUGCCUCAUAUUAAGCAUGUGGAUCUGAGAUUGAAUUCAAUUAGGAGAUUGGAGGCCGAUGAAAUAGAUUUUCUGCAUCAUGUGACCCAACUGGAUCUUCGAGACAACAAACUUGGGGAGCUGGAUGCAACAGUUUUUAACAAUGUGGAAGUGUUACACUGUGAAAGGAAUCAGCUGGUGACCCUCAAAAUCAGUGGGUAUUUUCUCAAAGCGCUGUACGCUUCCUGCAAUGAACUUGUUCACCUUGAUGUGUAUCCAGUUCCUAACUGCCUGGCUUAUAUGGAUAUUUCUAGAAAUCACCUGGAAAACCUUCCUGAGUGGGUGUGUGACAGCAGGAAGCUGGAAGUGUUGGAUGUUGGCCACAAUCAGAUACGUGAGCUGCCUGCCCGGUUGUUUAACAACAGUAGCUUGCGGAAGCUGCUGGCAGGGCACAACAUGCUAGGAAGGCUCCCAGAUCGGCUGGAGCGAACGCAGGUGGAGGUCCUGGACGUGCAGCACAACCAGCUCCUGGAACUGCCAUCUAACCUGCUUUUGAAAGCAGACAGCCUGAGAUUUCUUAAUGCCUCUGCCAACAAACUGGAAAUGCUUCCUCCAGCCACCCUUUCUGAAGAAACCCAUAGCAUCUUGCAGGAGUUGUAUUUGACCAAUAACAACCUCACAGAUAAAUGUGUACCCUUGUUAACAGGCCACCCACACCUGAAAAUCUUGCACAUGGCUUACAAUCGCCUACAGAGCUUCCCUGCAAGCAAAAUGGCCAAGCUGGAAGAGUUGGAGGAAAUUGAUAUUAGUGGGAACAAACUGAAAGCCAUUCCAACAACCAUCAUGAACUGCAGACGUAUGCAUACUGUAAUUGCUCACUCCAACUGCAUUGAAGUCUUCCCAGAAGUCAUGCAGCUUUCUGAAAUAAAGUGUGUGGACCUAAGCUGCAAUGAACUAAGUGAAGUCACAUUGCCUGAAAACCUGCCUCCAAAACUGCAGGAGCUGGACCUGACUGGAAAUCCCAGAUUAGCCCUGGAUCACAAAACCCUAGAGCUUCUGAACAAUAUCCGGUGCUUCAAGAUCGACCAGCCCUCGGCCGGCGAUGCGUCGGGAGCGCCGGCGGUGUGGAGUCACGGCUACACGGAGGCGUCCGGCGUUAAGAACAAGCUGUGUGUGGCGGCACUUUCGGCGAACAACUUCUGUGACAACCGGGAGGCGCUUUAUGGUGUGUUUGAUGGGGACCGCAAUGUGGAAGUGCCCUAUCUGCUGCAGUGCACCAUGAGUGACAUCCUGGCAGAAGAGCUGCAGAAAACAAAGAAUGAAGAGGAAUACAUGAUCAACACUUUCAUCGUUAUGCAGAGGAAACUUGGAACAGCUGGACAGAAACUUGGAGGCUCUGCUGUCCUUUGCCAUAUAAAACAUGAUCCCAUGGACCCUGGUGGAUGCUUCACGCUAACCUCAGCAAACGUGGGGAAGUGCCAAACCGUUCUCUGCCGGAAUGGGAAACCUCUGCCUUUGUCCAGGUGUUACGUGAUGAGCUGUGAAGAAGAGCUGAAGAGGAUUAAGCAGCAUAAGGCCAUUAUCACAGAGGAUGGCAAAGUGAAUGGUGUGACAGAUUCAACAAGAAUCUUGGGGUACACCUUCCUUCACCCAAGUGUUGUGCCACGUCCUCAUGUCCAGUCCAUCACCUUAACUCCACAAGAUGAGUUCUUCAUUCUGGGGAGCAAGGGGCUGUGGGACAGCCUCUCGAUGGAUGAAGCAGUUGAGGCCGUCAGAAACGUGCCUGAUGCGCUGGCGGCCGCCAAGAAGCUUUGCACUUUGGCCCAGAGUUACGGCUGCAACGACAGCAUCAGCGCUGUCGUGGUUCAGCUCAACGUGACGGAGGACAGCUUCUGCUGCUGUGAGCUCAACGGGGUCCCACCCCCCAGCCCAGGCAUCUUCCCCCAGUCUGUCAACGUGGUCAUCAAGGACAGGCCCACCGACGCGCUCGGGAUGCCGUCUUCGAGCAGCGGCAUGGCUUCGGAAAUCAGCAGCGAGAUCUCCACCUCGGAAAUGAGCAGCGAGGUGGGGUCCACAGCCUCGGACGAGCCUCCCCAGGUGGCCAUGAACGAGAACAGCCCGGCGUACCCGGGGGAGCAGCGCUGCAUGCUGCACCCCGUCUGCCUGUCCAACUCCUUCCAGCGGCAGCUCUCCAGCGCCACCUUCUCCAGCGCCUUCUCCGACAACGGCCUUGACAGCGACGAUGAGGAGCCCAUCGAGGGCGUGUUCACCAACGGCAGCCGCGUGGAGGUGGAGGUGGACAUCCACUGCAGCCGAGCGAAGGAGAAGCAGCUUCUCCAAGUGCCAGUGGAAGCCAGUGACGAAGGUAUCGUCAUCAGUGCCAAUGAAGAUGAGCCUGGCCUUCCCAGGAAAGCUGAAUAUUCUGCCAUGGGCACAAUAGGGCGCCGGCGAGGCAACGGCUCUGUGGCACCACACGAGAGGAGCCAUAACUUAAUUGAAGUUGCAACGGAUGCGCCACUCAGAAAAACCGGGGGCUACUUUGCUGCUCCAGCGCAACCUGAUCCUGAUGACCAGUUCAUCAUCCCACCAGAGCUCGAAGAAGAAGUCAAGGAGAUCAUGAAGCAACACCAGGAACAGCAACAGCAGCAGCAGCAGCAGAGGCAGUAUCCGAUGGACCACCUGGCAGACUAUUACGACACACCACUAUGA